CAUUUUAAACUUUUGUUUAGUAUUUUAACUAGAUUUUAAAAGAAAGUAUUCGCGUUAGUUAAAAGUAAAGAGCGGUAAAUGUUUUGAGGAAUAUUUCGCGCUGUUUUCGCUUGUGGUUGUUGUCAUGGUGAGGGCGGGGGAGGAAAUAUGGCGUCAGAUUCAAACAGACGCUGAAGGAGUUUUACAAUAACACGGAUUUAAAUGUUUUUAAUUCAUUUUGCGUCGAUAUUUCUCCAAACCCCGAUGUACGAGCGCCACGGGCAUUUAAACGAAGCGUAGCGUCCCAUCGGCCUCAUGCCCACAGAACCUCCCGCCGCUCGUCCACGCCGGGGCAGCCGGCUCAGGCGUAAAGACCCUGUUUCCACCCCGAGGGCCACACAGAGCGCACAGGAGGAGAUCAGCAGGCUCAAGGACGAGCUCGAUGGUCUGCGGCGAGACAGGCGGGACGCUGAGGAUUUCACGCUCGCUGCUGAGCUGAGGUGGAAAAUUAACCAGCUGGAGAACGAGAAGCUGGAUUUCACCUCCAAGCACAAUGAAGAGGUGGCGCUGUACGAGGCGCAGCUGGCGCGCUUGCGAGCGCAGGUGGAGCGUGGAGAGGCGCAGCGGCAGACGAUGGAGUACAACAACGCUGUGGUGAGGAGAGACGCAGCGGCAGAGAGGAGGAACACUGAGGAGAAGAUGAACGAGCUGAGGAAAGACAACCACAGACUGGACGUCCUCAGCUUGGAGCUGCAUCAGAGGGUAUCAGAUCUACAGAGAUCUUUAGAAAUAACGCAGCAGGCAUGUGAAGACGAUCUUAAGGGCCUCCACACGGAGCUGCACGAGAGAGACCGCCUGCUGCUGAGCGCAAACACUGAGAACGACCAGCUGCAGACGGAUAAGAGCCAACUACAGACACUGAUACAGGAGCAGAACGACACUCUACAGAAGCUAAAAUGUGAAAUGGAGAGACUGAAGAGAGACAGAGAGAAAAACACCGAGAAACUGAGACACAAAUCAGCAGAUCUGACCCGCAGCACAGAGAGAGAGGAGAGACUGCGCUCUGAUCUGGAGGCUGCUCUACAGAAGGUGAAGGUUCUGGAGCAGAGUGUGGAGUCGGAGCGUGCCGCACACCUUCAGUCUAAAUUCAGCUCUGAGAUCAUCCAGGUACCACAGAUGAGGGUGAGGGAUCUGGAGGAGGCUCUGGAGGUGGAGAAGAACAGUCACACUGAGGUCUCCUCACGUCUGGAGCUCCUUAAGCAGAAGUGUGGAGAGCUGGAGAGAGCGUACGAUCACGAGAGAGACAGGUCACGCGACACAGGCCUCAAACACACACAGUUGGAGAAGGACUUCUUGACCGUGAAAGCUGAUCUGAUUGGUCAGCUGGAUCAGGAGAAGGCAGCGUCUGCUGAGCUGAUUGGACAGUUGGAGCGGGAAAGGGCGGAGUCAGUGAAGCUGUCAGUCAAACUGCAGGAGCAGGAGAAAGUUUGGAGCGAGAGACAGCAGGAAAUCAGCCGGGCUCUGGUGUGUGUGCAGCAGUCUUAUGACGGUCUGGUGAGUGAUCUUGAUCGUGUGCUGCAGCAGAAUCAGCAGAAGAGGGCGACACACACUCAUAACACAGAGGAAGGAGUUAAACACACAGCGUCUGCUCUAAUGGACAUCCUGCAGAAAACACUGCACUACUACAACACACAGUUGCAGGAGUCUGUGAUUGUGAUGCAGAAGUUGAAUCUCGAGGUCAGACAGAAGGAUGAGACGAUCACUGAUCUCCAGAAGAACAUGCAGGAGUGUGAGGCUCGUGGCGUGUGCGUCAAUGAAGAGGUGAAGCAUCUGCGCGAGUGUGUCGCGAACGCCGCCGCUGAUCUGCGCAGCCUCCAAACACAACACACAAACACUCAAACACAGAUGAACACACUCCAGCAGCAGCAUCACAGCGACUGCCAGGAGAAGCUGACGUUCCUCCACACACUGUAUCAGCGUCUGCUCGACGGAUGUGUGCUGGUGACGCCGCCGCACAGCAUGCUGGGUAGCUUCUCAUGGGCGGAGCUUAGCACCGUGGUGCAGGAGCACGUGGACAGGCUGACCUCUGACCUCUCCGCAGCCAAUCAGAAGGUGUUACACUUAGAGAGUGUGUGUGAGGGCAGAUCAGCAGCACUGGAGAGUGUGAGAACGCAGCUGAGACACAGAGAGGAGAGCUGGAGCAAACAGAGAGAAGAUCUCAACACACAACACACACACCUCCACGCCCAGCUACAGGACAAGAUACAGGAUGUCAGCAGGCAGCUGCAGCAGGCCAAGGGGCGUGUCCGCUCUCAGGAACAGGAAGUGACACGUCUGCUGUGCGCGAGCAGCGUUCUGGCGGGGUGCGUGCGGGGUCUGCGCAGACAGGUGUGUGUUCUGUCGUGGCAGAAGUCCGUGCUGCAGGAGCGCGUCGGCGGCGCAGACGUCCUGAGGUCAGAGGUCAGCAGGCUGCUGCAGGCGCUGGGCGAGGGCAUGGUCGAAGGUCGCGGGGCGCGCAGGUUCCGGCGCGGUGUGAUCGCGGUGCUGGCCGCCGGCCGUCUGCGGGCGCUGGGACGCAGGUCUGAGGUGAUGUUCAGGGUCACGCUGGGCUUCGGUCGCCAGCCGCUCCUGAGCGUGAGAGAGGUCAAGCUCCGAGAGGAAGAGGAGGAGGAGGAGGAGGACAGGGUGACGAAGACGCUCACCUCCUCAGAGCUGCUCAAGCUCAUACACACCUGUAUGGAGGAACUACAGCAGGAGCUCAGCAGAGGCGGUGUGAAGGACUCCUCGUGUGUGUUGUCAGCGGCUCAGAGCGCUUGUAGGAAGCUGCUGGAGCGGCUGCUGUCGGACGUGGACUCUCAGUGUAACGGGCAUUAUGGGAAGGAUUCGUUGUCACGACGACUGGCUGACGGACUUCACACACUCACCAAACACAGCUACUGUAACAGCAAGAUGAUGAUGGCGUCUCUUCAGAAGCACAUCCUGGAGUUCACGCAGCGUCUGCAUUCGGCCGAGGUCGAGCGCAGGAACCUGAGACUGGAGAUCUCACGCAGCAAACGCACAAACAGCUGCAGAGACACACACACCGAGUGUGUUCCCCUCCAGCGGUUCGAGUGUGUGUGUGAUGAGCUCAGCAGUGCCCUACAGAGAGAGCAGCGUGCUCAGGCUCUGCUGCACGAUCAGGCCUCUCAGCUGCAACAACUGGGCCUCAGCAUGGAGCUGCACACGGGGGAAGAGCUGGAGAAGGACCGCACGCUCGCACAGGCUGUACAGAGUUUGUCAGACGCCAAGCUGGAGCUGAGGAGGAGGGAUCAGUCGCUGCGCUCGCUCCAGAAACAGUUCAGCCAAUCACAGCAGGAGAACAAGCAGCUGCAGCACCGCCUCACUGGAGCCGAGAACACACUGACCACCGCAGAGAUGAAUAAAGAGUCUCUGAUGAGCUUCAUCAAAUCUGUGGAGGAGCGGAUACGAGAGAUGAAAGAUCACAUCAUUCUGUCCAGAAGAGUCUCUUCUCAGGAUUAUUUCACCCUGCAGCUCUCCAGAUUGUCCCUCACACCGUCAGACCUGCAAAGCAUCAUGGGAAACCCAGAGAUAGAAGCGUGUCAGCGUUUGUUGAUGCGUUUCCUGGAGCUGCAUCAGCUGGUGUGCUCUAGAAUAUCAUCUGAGGAGAGAGAGAUGUCAUCAAACGAGUCUCAGAUCACGGCGCUGAAGAGAAACAGCUGUAUACCGUCGCUGGCGUCCUCCGCCCCGUCAGCAGAGGUGGAUUAUGGGACGUGUUUUCUGACAGACUCCUCCAGAAACAAGCUCUCAGAUCUCCAGAGGAAAGUCAAAGAGAGAAAACACUGAUAAAGUGAGAUUCACAGGAGCGCCGUUCAUCGCUUCUGCUUUCCUGUGGAUGUGUGUCACACCGACUCUGUUAUUAAACCUGCGGCGGUUUAUUGAUGUUUGUUGGUGUUUCUCACUCACACACACACACACACACACACACAUAGAAGAAAACACACACUUCUGGCCAGAAGUUUAGAUUAUUAUGAAGUCUCUGCUCUGAUUUAUUUGAUCAGAAAUGCAUUAAAAAUUGCGACCUGCUGCUCAAGAACCGUUUGUGGUCUUUAUCAGUGAAGAAAACAGUUGUGCUGCACAAUAUUUUUUUUUGUGAAAACUGAUGUUUUAUUCGCAUUUAUUUGAAACAAAACUCUUUUGGAGCAGAAAUGUCCCAAAUGCCUUUACUGUAAACUUUACAAGCGCUAAUGAACUAGUAGAAGUGUAGUUUCUAGAUUCUUUUUUUAAUAAUAUAAUACAAAAUUAAAGCAUUGUUUAUUAUUAUAAAAAUCAGGGCACAGACGUAAUGAUGGGUUAAGUAAAGUUUAAGAAUAUUCUAAAGCAAAAUCACCUAAAUGUAUACUUUUUAAUCAUUAUAGUAUAUUGAAAUAUUUAUUUGCUUUUUUUUUUUUUUUACAUUAAGCAAAAUUAUUGAAAGCUACUUGUAAAUCUUUUUCUCUCAUAAAAGAUGCAA